AUGUCCUGGUCAAACAGUCAGGAAUUCUUAGACACCAUCGAGGAGUCCAUGGCGGAGGUCAAGGCAGAGUUCAAGGCGGUACGAUCUGAGCUGGACCAAGCCCGCACAGCAGCCCUUCAGGCCAAGGACGAACGUGAACACUACGAGACAUCAUUCAACAAUCUUGAGAAGGAAUACAAAGUCUUGAAGGAGGAAAGCGAAAAAAAGGAUAAGCAAAUCGAAGAGCUGAAACAGGCUCUGAAGCAUUAUGAAGACCGAUUUUUCCCGAACGAACGACGAUCAUGGCGGGACCUCUAUAAGGGGCAAUAA